AUGGUAAAGUUUAAGAGAAAGAGACAUCAACCGGUGGUUGUGUUUUGUUUGAUUGACUCUUCUAUUGUGGAAGCGAUUACAAUAAAGCCAAGACAUUUAUCUUUGCUAAAGAGUGCUUUACAACGGUCGAGUGGAGAACAGUCUGAGUUAUGGAGGCCAAUGACUGAUCAAGGAUGGAGUCCAUGUAUUGAUCUUGGAAAUUCCCCUCCAAUACCGGAUAAAACCGAGGGGUAUAUUCAGGUAUUUCUCGAUGGAGGACUUAAUCAGCAACGAAUGGGGAUUUGUGAUGCUGUUGCUGUUGCUAAGAUAUUGAACGCAACACUCGUGAUCCCACAUCUUGAAGUCAAUCCUGUUUGGCAAGAUUCAAGUUCCUUUGUUGACAUCUUUGAUGUUGAUCAUUUCAUCGAUGCGUUAAAAGAUGACAUAAGGGUAGUGAGAGAACUUCCUGAAGAGUACUCAUGGAGCACAAGAGAGUAUUACGGCACAGCAGUGCGCGAAACACGAGUGAAAACCGCGCCUGUUCAUGCUUCUGCGAAAUGGUAUAUCGAGAAUGUCUCACCGGUUCUUCAAAGUCAUGGGAUUGCUGCUAUCUCUCCGUUCUCUCACCGUCUGUCCUUCGAUCACUUGCCUGCGGAUAUCCAACGGUUAAGAUGCAAAGUAAAUUUUCAAGCUUUACGCUUUGUCCCUCACAUUACAUCACUUGGCGAUGCUCUUGUGAGCCGUCUUAGAAACCCAUCUUGGAGAAGCAGCAAGGAGAGAAAGAAUGUUGAUCAUUUAGGAGACAUGACAAACCCUCACAGCAGACAAGAACCGGGCAAAUUCGCUGUUCUUCAUCUUCGUUUCGACAAGGACAUGGCUGCACAUUCGGCUUGUGAUUUUGGUGGAGGCAAAGCCGAGAAACUUGCAUUAGCGAAGUACCGACAAAUGAUUUGGCAAGGAAGAGUCUUGAAUUCUCAAUUCACAGACGAAGAGUUGAGAAGCCAAGGACGGUGUCCUUUAACACCAGAAGAAAUGGGACUUCUUUUAGCUGCUUUCGGAUUCGACAACAAUACUCGUCUCUAUCUCGCAUCCCACAAGGUAUAUGGAGGAGAAGCUAGAAUCUCAGCAUUGAGACAAGUGUUCCCAAGAAUGGAAGACAAGAGGAGUCUUGCUUCAUCUGAAGAACGAGCUCGAAUCAAAGGCAAAGCUUCUUUGUUAGCUGCGCUUGAUUACUAUGUAAGUAUGCACAGUGACAUUUUCAUCUCUGCGUCACCUGGGAACAUGCACAAUGCUCUUGUGGGUCAUCGAACAUUCGAGAAUCUCAAGACGAUCAGACCAAACAUGGCGUUAAUCGGACAGCUUUUCCUCAACAAGAGCAUCACGUGGGUCGAUUUUCAACAGGCGCUUGGUGAAGGACAUGUCAACAGACAAGGACAGAUCCGGUUGAGAAAACCGAAACAGUCGAUUUAUACUUAUCCCGCUCCUGAUUGUAUGUGUCAUGUUUGA